AGGUUAGAGAGAAGUUUCGCAGAGAGCCGAGGAGGACUUAAACCUCGAAGUUCACCUGAGCUUCGAUGGACAUACGGCUUGCGUGGGCUACUGUCGUGCUAAUCAUCCACUGUGCACCGGCCAAGCAGGAAGAGGAUGUUCCAGAGUCCAGUCUGAAGGUGGGGGCUCCCCCUCUUUUGGCGCCCCCUGACCCAGAUCUUCUUCUUCAACGAUGCUAUGGACGAUGGGGUUGUUUUUCUAUUGGCGAACCAUUCUUGUCCAUCUACCGGCCGGUGAACCUCUUCCCUUUGCAUCCAGAUGUUUUAGAUGUGAAAUUUUUCCUGAAGACGCGGAGGAAUCCAGAUUUGUUUAACAAACUACGCCCAGAGAGUAAUGAAAGUUUCACCCAACAAAAUUUGAAUCCAAAGCAAGGAGUAAAAUUCAUAAUUCAUGGUUACCUUGAGCAUGGACAUCAAAAAUGGAUACAGGAUAUGAUUCGAGAAUUAUUGACCAAAGAUAACUUCAAUGUAAUUUCGGUGGACUGGGUAUUUGGCGCCGCUCCUCCUUAUACCCAAGCUGUUGCUAAUGCUCGGAUGGUGGGAGCCGUCUUAGCGGAAUUCAUUGAAAUCUUAAGGGAUGUAUAUGCUAUACCGUUGUCUUCUAUGCACCUUAUUGGCCACAGCUUAGGAGCACAUGUCGCGGGAUAUGCAGGAGAAAGACUUAAUAAAAGACUCGGCAGGAUCACAGGAUUAGAUCCAGCUGAGCCUUAUUUUCAAUACACAAUGGAAGAAGUGAGAUUGGAUCCUACUGACGCCCAGUUUGUGGACGUCAUUCAUACAGAUGGAGGAAGUAUCAUCACUGGUGGACUAGGUAUGAUACAAGAUUGUGGGCACGUCGACUUCUAUCCCAACGGCGGUAAAAGGCAACCUGGAUGUAAUCAGAAUGUGGUUGGAGCUAUCGAAAAGGAAGGAGAUUUACUGUAUGGUAUUCGACGUUUCAUCGGCUGUAACCAUAUCCGGGCCUACGAAUUCUUCACCGAAUCGGUGAAUUCUGAUUGUCCUUUCUACGGAUACGUGUGCGACAACUAUGAGAACUUCUCAGUUGGCAAAUGUCCUUGGGUAUGCGGACCAGACGUGUCACUCUGCGCACCCAUGGGCUUGAAAGCGGACAAAUGGAAGAAAUUUGCUGAAGAUGAACCUGUAAAGAUGUUUCUGCAUACGAGUAACACAGAGCCAUUUUGUCGUCACCAUUACUACAUUCAUCUGCGUUGUUCCUAUAGUGAUGAAGCAAGGAUGCACAUCACAGAAAAAGGCAGACUUUUUAUUAGACUCACUGGCACAAAAGCACAGUCCCCCGUUUUAGAAGCUAAAAAAGAUUACGUACAGUUUGUACCCGGAGGUGUGGUAGAGUUUUUAGUCUCCACAACAGAAAUGGGAAGACUCUUGAGGCUGGACCUCGAGUGGCGAUCCACUGCUUCUCUUCUGAAUCCUCUCACGUGGAGGUUGUUUAAUGUUCCGCAAAUAUAUAUCCGGGAUGUCAUCGUCACGCAUUUAGAAACUGGAGAGAGAGUUGUCUUUUGUGGGAAAGAUGAGCCAAUAAUCCCUCACAAGAUUAAGACAAUAUUUGCUGAUCAAAGCUGUAGGCAGCCUCCAAAAAUCUCGGUCUUUCCUGAGGAUUUGAAGAAACCGAAUGUGGACAUCAUAGCACCUUACCGGGAAGCCAGAUUCUAUAGUUGAAGACGAUGCAGAAAGGAAAAGAAAAGCACAAUUUUAUUUAUUUUAUAUUUAUUAUUUCGGAUUUUAUUUAUAAACAAAAUGUGUUUCCAUUUAGUAGUUUGAAAACUGGUAGUUCCUUCAUGAAACAUUCUUUCAUUUUAUAUGUUUUUUCCCCAUUAUCUUACAUGUAAACGAUUCAUUUAGAAUCAGAAACAGACUAAUAUUGUUUUGCAAUUUAAUGAUUUGCCACUGUCAGCAGUUAUAAUUUAUGAAGCCUUCUCAUUUUCUUUUUAAAGUAUUAUGAUUUAUUUUCUAAUUUUUAUGUAAAACUAUUAUUCCUGUGUGCGUUUGUCUGCUAAUGUGCUCUUUUCCACUUUUUUAAUUUACAAAUAAAUUAUGUU